CAUCAUCAUCACAUAUUAUUAUUUAUCAUAUCACAGUUACCGUAAAAAAAGUUUUUGUAAUAUAAUGAAUUAUUGAAUAUUCAAAUUUUUAAAUUUAAAUCUCAAAUCAUAAUUUUCUAAUUUAAGUCAAAAUUAAAAAUAAUUAUGAAUUUUGUAUAUAAAGGGUUCAUUUUAUUAUUUAGUCUUUUUCCAUUUAUAAUAGGGAGUGAAUUAGAUUACGAUGGCUGGUUGCAAAUACGUUUAUAUCAUGCCUUGAAUGAUAAUCCAGUAGCUCACUUUACGGAGCGAGGAAACAUAACAGUUUCUAGUAUUCGAAAUGGAGUUUCUAGCAUAGCUCAGGCUGGUUUAGAUCCAUCGCAAUUAACGGCGAUGAAAACUCUGGCAAAUAAUGGAAACAAAUAUCGAUUAAAAGCAGUUAUUCGCACAUCCUCGGGAUCUGAAACGACUUUUUUAACAUCUGUACCCGCAUGUCAUCUGUUCGGAACUGAGCUUGAAGAUAUUUUAACAGUAUGGUUGGAUAUAGCAGGAGAACCAAUAUCGGUAUCUCAAGUUUCUCCGGGUCCAUGUAUGUUAAAUUUACCAACAACAAAGAUGUGGACAACUAGCGUACAAAUACGAUCUCCUGAUGCAGGUCCAGCUCCUGAUACAGCUUCAUACAUUACGAAAAUAGAAAAUGAAAAGGCAGCAAGAGAAAGAGGCGAGACCAAAGACAAUCGAUCAUUCCUUGCUAAAUAUUGGAUGUAUAUCGUUCCUGCAUUAAUCUUCGUAGUCUUAACAUCUGCAGCUAACCCUGACGCCGCAGCAGGAGGUGGAGGCGGCGGUGGUCAAAGACAAUAAUUUUAAUACAAUAGUUAAUUUGUUAUUAAAAAAAUAACUUUUAUUAAAUAAUAUUUAUUUCUUCUCUACCAAAUAUUGCAUUUGUAAUUUAAAUAAUUUAAUAAAAUCUAUUCAUAUGAC